UCUGGAGAAAAUGAAAGAAGACACAGUGGAGAAAAGCCCUGUCAAUGUCAGAAAGCUUUCAGUUCCACUUCUCUUAGAAAUCAUGAAAGAACAUAUACUGGCGAGAAACCUUAUAAAUGUAAGCAAUGUGGGAAAGAUUUCUCUCAUCGAGCUUCCCUCCAACGUCAUGAAAGAAUUCAUACUGGGGAAAAGCCCUAUAAAUGUCAGCAUUGUGGCAGAGCUUUCUGUGAUCUAGAUGCCCUCCAACGUCAUGAAAGCAUUCAUACUGGGGGAAAACCCUAUAAAUGUGAGCAUUGUGAUAAAGAUUUAUCUAAUCAAACUUCCCUCAGACGUCAUGAAAGCAUUCAUACUGGGAAAAAACCCUAUAAAUGUCAGCAGUGUGGCAAAGCUUUCUGUGAUCGAGGUGCCCUCUAUCGUCAUGAAAGAACUCAUACUGGGAUAAAACCCUAUGAGUGUAAGCAUUGUGGCAAAGGUUUUGAUUAUCCAUCUUCUCUCCAAGAUCAUGAAAUAAUUCAUACUGGGGUAAAACCUUAUGAAUGUAAGCAUUGUGGCAAAGCCUUCAGUUAUCUACAGUCCUGUCGAAGGCAUGAAAGAACACACACUGGAAAAAAGCCUCAUGUAUGCCAGCAAUGUGAUAAGGCUUUCAGUCUUUCCAUGUAUCUUAGAAUUCAUGAAAGAAUUCAUACUGGGGAAAAACCCUAUGAAUGUAACCAUUGUGACAAAGCUUUCUCUGAUCCAAGUUCCCUCCGACGUCAUAAAAGAACUCACGAUAAGGAAAAAUCCUGUUAAUGUAAGCAAUGGGGGAAAUCCUUUAUUCAUCCCAGUUCCCUUUGAAUUCACAAAAACAUUCAUAGUGUAAAUAAAUCAUAAGGAAAGAACUCACACUGAAAAUAAGCCCUAUCAUUGUAAAGGUUGUAGAAAAGCCUUUAAGUAUGCUAGUUCUUUUUUUUAUCCUCAACCUGAGGAUAUUUUUCCGUUGAGAGAGUGGAAGUCAGAGAGACAGACAGAGAACAAUAUUGAUGUGAGAGAAACACAUCAAUUUGUUGCCUCCUGCACGUGCCCAGACAUUAAAGCACACAUAGUGGAGAAAAGCUCUAUUAAUGUAAGGAAUGUGGUAAAGCUUUCAGUUUUACCAAGUCUCUUAGAAAGCAUGGAAGAAAGAACACAUACUGGGGGGAAACCUUAUGAAUGUAAGCAAUGUGAGAAAGCCUUCAGUUGUCUCACACAUCUUGGAAGACAUAAAAGAAGUAAUGGAAAGAAGCCGCCUGCGAGGGGUUGGUCCUGGGCGUAGGGUUGUAGGAGGAGGCACCAGGGUGAGGUAGGGUCCCUGACACACUGGCUUCGGCCUUAUUUUCCUGGGUCCCCACUGGGGUGGGCUGCUGGGUGGUGGCUGCGCAGGUGCCGGAUCCCAGGGAGGUGCCUAACCCACAUGCAGUGCACACCUGCUCCGGGAACUGCUUCACCUGAUGUGCACCUGACCUCACAGUCCUGGCUCUGUGUGCAUCUUGGACACCCGGCCACUGGGCUCUGCUCUAUCCUACUGGGGCACCUUGGGCAAAACUGCUGUCUUUGCAGGUCCUCUGCCUUAGCUCUGUAGUGCUGUGGGACUUGGAGCGGCUGCAACAGGCAGGCCAGCCGCCAGAAUCCCAUGGGCAGACCUGUGGCUCUCAUCCCCGACUUUGGAGAAGAACAAUGGGAUGUUUUGAAUUUAGGCACACAUGUUAGGAAUGCAAGGAUUUUUGAGUCUCCUUUCUUAGAUGGAUUCAAAACAGAUUACU